GAUAUGGCCGAAUAAUUCCGCUGUUGUCCGAGCCGAACACCCGAAGUAUCAAAACACUCGCUGCUGUUGCGAAGCACAUUAGGUACUGUGCUCUUGCACUACCAACUCUGUCCGCUCUCGGCCUUGUACGUGUGGGGUUCUGUGUUUUCCUCUGAGGAGGGCUAGCUGGUAAUAUACACGUAGUUUAGGAAAACAUUUCCUUGUGGAAAAGUAGUUAUCUGUGUGUAUUUUCAACCGUUGCAGACCACUACUUUAAUAUCUGAGUAUGGCGGAAACAAUUUUAAAUGGCGUUUCUCCGCAAAAAAACAGCAUAUCAAAGAUGUUUUACAACGGCAACGACUCGAAAAACUCGCCGCCAAGCCCGACAGAACUGAACGGGAACUCGUUGUCGCCCAGCAAGGAGGCUGAAUGCAGGACGAUUUGUAAGAGACUCAGUCGGGAUUUCAUCACUUUCAAACUGCAGGCGAAUGCUGGGAGGCCACCCUGCAAGUAUACCGAGACGUUGCGGAGAGUAGGACGCGAGGUUGAGGAAAGAUACGCCAUCUCGCUAAAUGGACUCGUGAACAAUCUCCAGUACGACCCAAAGAAACAUGGCGCAGGGAAAGAGCUGUUCAGCGUCAGCUUGGAUGCCAUGUUCGAGGAAGGAGCCGUUAAUUGGGGUCGUGUUGUAAUGGUGUAUGUGUUCGCUGCUCGACUCGCCAAAUACUGCGAGGAAAAUGCUAAUCCAGAGUAUGUUGACGAGGUUGUGGAAGUUUGUGGCGAUUAUGUCAGUGACAAGCUAACGCCUUGGAUUGUUAAGCAAGGUGGAUGGGAUGAUUUUAAUGAAAGCUUUAAGGCCAAGGAUUGGAAGGAGAAGGCAACCUUCAACUCGUUACUGGUUACGGGCGCUGUGCUUGGUGGACUUGCUGCACUGAGGUUCUUAACCAAGUAGAUGAUGAAACUACGCUGAGGACCAGCGAAUGGACGACAGCCUAUUUGUUGAAAGCGUGGUAUACUACACGCAUCCGUCAAGUCAUUUCACACCAUGCCAGGAAGGAAAAAAAUCAUAUUAAGUAGCCAAGAAACUCCUCUGGAUGCAUUUGCUAUCUAUAACCCAGUGUUAUUCUGAUGUGUAAACAAAUUAUUAUGGUAAAUUGAGUUUAAGUGUUCAAUUUGCAUUCUAUUGGAAUGAAAAAACUUAAGGAAAUCUCAGUAGAUUCUAUUAGGCUGGAAAAUUUGGAGCAUCACAGUCCAAACUUCUACAGUGUGAAUUGUGUAUAUGUUUUCAGAUAUGACUACAGAAUAAUUUGAUGUUUUAGGGUAAAGUUUGGUUUUUGGGCACAUUUUUGGAAACUCACCAAUUCCAUAAAGGUGGUUAACAUGGAAUUUGAGAAGUAUUCUGUUACAGGCCUUCAGAGUGUUGUUUGGGUUAGUGUUUUUUUUCAUUUGGAUUUUAUCUUCUUUUGUGAAAGUAGACUAUGAUUCUACCAAAGCUUAAAAAUAAUGUCAAGUAGUCUGAAAGUUUGCUUGAUGUGCCUAGAAAGUUCUGCCACUGUGAAGGUAAUUUGAAACCCCAGAAUUGAAAGAUGGCUUAAUACACAAUCAUUCUUAACACUUCAGUAAAUCCAACUUCCCGUGAGAUGCGGUGGGGGAAAAAAAGAAAUUUGCAGCUGAUUUUCCUUUUUUCUACUGGGUGCCUUUCCUGCAGUUUAUUGCUGAUUUUUUUGUGCAUCCCAAGCAAUUUUAUUGGGAUGCUGAAAACAUGGCAUUACCAUUUUCAUUCUUGAAAUAUUAUAACCUAAGAUUGUCAUUCCUCUAAAUCUUUUUGUCUAUACAGUGUAUCGAAUGUCGCAAACCUGCAUGGUCACAGGACCUUGCAUCGUUUCUGUUGUCAAUUCACUGUCUGUACAACACACAAAUACUUUGUGCUGUGGGGAACACUCCCCUUUUGACUUUGUAUAAUCCAGGUGUGUGUCUGUGAAUGGGUGUUUUCAGUUGUAUUUUAUCAACAAGGUUUGUGCUUUCUGGGUCUGAUGACUCUGGUCACAGCAUGAAGUGUUGCUCAGCAUGCACGAUAAAAUGAUGCAGCGACAUGUACUGACUAUAGUGUCUUGCUACCAAUGAAACAGCUCUUCUUAAGUACAUGUAAAAGUACGUGCGUGUGACAGUGCAGUGGUGUCUUUGGAGUUUGUGACCUGAAAGGGUGUAAAUUGUGUGGAGUACUGUUUGGUGUGUAUAAGAAUAUCUGUAAUUGUUAUUUGGUAUUGUUUGAAGCUAUUUGAUGAAGCAUAUUGGGACAUCCAUGUAGAUUUUUGUCCAGGUAAAUGGUACAUGUAAAAUGUGUUGAACCUUUUGAUUUCUCAGCACAAAUUCGAUCUGAACUCUGUCCAGACGCUUUCGUCUUGCAAAAGUGGCAGAUGAAUAGACUGGUUUGAAACACUCCUCCGUGAAAAUUCAUGUGCAUUUUUGGGGGGCAAUAUUUAGAUAAAUUUGGGAUUGAACAUCGACAGUUUAGUCACCUUGACUUGAAAACAGUAACAUGGGAAGAAUAUGAUACUGUACAGGAUUCCUGCAGUAUUGAAUUUGUGCAUACAUAUGCAGUUGAGAGAGACCCUGCCAAAUGGAUUCUGGUCACAAUCGGCAAAGGCAGUUCAGCUUCUGAUAACAACAUAUGAUGUGCAAUAUUGUAUUCGUAAGACACAAAUGUACAGUAAGCAUAAUUGUAUGAUUUUGUUGUGGUAAACACGUACCGUGCUAGAGUGCAAAGCUUUAACUGGUGUGUAAAUAAUGGUGAACAAGAUACCUAAUUCUUGUUACCUGAUGUACAAAUUGCCCAGAAAGAUGAAAGCCCCACUUGGGGAUUUUUUUACUCAAAAUAUUGCAAUUCUGUCGUGUGUGGUGAAAAAUACCUCUCCUGCACUCAUAAUUUAUGUUCAUCGCACUUGUGUCUUCUGAGAAUAUGAGCAAGUUGGCUUUUGAAACAAAAUACAUUCACUGAAGUUUAUUGUUCAAAAGUUAAUUUCGAUUACUUCUUACAGUACCAGUAAUCAGACGGCAAAGCAAUGCAAUACAUGUAUAUGUACAUGUUACUGUUACUGCUCAACUGGGCGUGAACUAGACCUGCGACUUCUGCAAGCUCACUUCCUGGUUUGCAGAAUAUCCUGGUUGCCCGUGGUGCACGUAGUCAGGCAUGCCUAUUUUUCAAUCUCUGGUGUGUGAGGAUAUUUUAUUUGCAGACAUGUAUACUUGCUAAAUGGUUUUGGUUACGUGCACUCAGACAUGUAGCACCAUGUGUCCGUGUUAGACCACACAGGAUCUGCUGUACAUCCGCAGAAAUAAACAUCGAUACAGAUUGCCUUUCCCUGGUUUUUCAGACUUAUUUUAAAAGCUACCAACUCUCAAUAGCCAAACUGGAUCUCACACGACAUUGAUAUGUGAAGUUACGCGUUUAUUUUUCAGCUACCAAAAUAUCUAGGCCCAUAUAUUUCAAGAGGUCAUUUCGGCAAACCUGGCUAAAUUUGGCGAGGCUUAUAAGAAAAGUGCACGAUCCAGAAACAGGUGAAUCUGUUGUGUCCGAUUCAGAUGUUUGUGAAUGAUAAGCGAACGUGAAAUGGCACAUGUUCAUGAUUUAGCAGAGUAUGCUAAAUGAUCAGACAUACAUAUAAGCAGUUAACAUUAAACAAAGCUUACAAAACAUGUAUCAUAUCUUUGUUUUAUGUUAUUUCGUUAGGUGAUCACCUACAUGUACACAUGCACACUAUAUAUUAAUGUACAUUAAGAGAUAAUAAAUGUUUCAAAGCAAAAAUCUGUGUAACUAGUCUUUUAUUUGAUAAUUGCAUAUAUGUGUAUUUUAAUUGGGGCAGGAUACAGAAGCAUGAAUGGUUUUCUACAGCUUAAAUCCUACAGUAUACAUGUACAACAUGUACAUUGUACUCCAAUAAAAAAUACAAGUGAGGUAUAAACAUCAUGGUACUCAUUGACGUCAUGUGAUGAAAAAUAAACUGGCCCAUCUGAA